AUGAGCUUCCGCGCCUCUCCCAUCCGCGCCUUCCUGCGCAGCGCCCGCAACCUCGUCGCCGAGCCGCACCCGCACGGCCGCUACCCCGUCAACCGGGCGCAGAUGCACGCCAUCAACUACGGCUUCUACGCCAACAAGUUCUGGCGCACUGCCUCGUGGUACGUGCCCGUCGGCACCGCCCUGCUGGGCUGGCCGUUCAUGGCCAUCCGCGGCAACAUCAGCGCCGCCUGGGAGGUCGAGGACUGGCAGGACGACGUCGCCCGCGAAGAGGCCAUGAGGAAGGCCAGCGACGACGCCAGGGAAGUCGUCGAGCUGAUGGGCAGGAUCGAGGCUUGGGCUUGA